GAAAAUCAAUCUGCAAGAACGAGGUAAUAAAAUUCUAACAUUCUGCCAUCUUUAUAUCGGGCCAAAACCUAUUUUGUUAUAAGGACCUUUCAUGUACCCUAAGCCCGACCCUGAGCCAGAGAAUAUAAACGCAUGUCAAAGGGAAUGUGACUAAAAAAAACUUUAAAGAAAGAUUCCAUAGCAGGAUAAACCAACAAAUAAAGGAAAUAUGGCAGGUUCUUUACGUCAAAAGUCUCCAAAAGAUAGAAUACUAUCUUAUGAUCGCUAUUCCACAAGAUCUCAAAGUUUACCUGGGGGAGAUAUGAAUGAACUCCAUAUAUUCACCAAAGCUAAGCACAAACAAGUGUUCCAUUUUGGCACGAGUGAAAAGUUACCAUGGGAACAAAGAAAAGACCGAAUGAACCAGGCAAUAGCAUGGAUAAAAUCUGAGGUGACAUUUAUGAAAUUCCAAGACAAAAUGCUGACUCAUCAAUUUUCAAGAUGCCAGAAGGUGAUUGGUGAAUUGCAACUCAGGAUGCAAAAAUUCCGUAUAUGUCCAGCUGUAAGCAGUGAUAGCACUAUGCAGGAUGGACUCUUGAAAGAAUGGGAAACAGAAGAGUUCAAUGAACAUUCCAGUGAGAGUAGCGGGGAUAGUGACUCCGAACACUUCAAAUUUACUGUUGCAGAAACAAAAAACAAACGGUCAAAAAGUUGCGAUGAUAUCCUGAACCAUUCAAAAGACAUACACGAGCAGAUCAAGGCCAUCAGAGAGAGUUUUCUCUCAACUAAUGAGAAUCUCGUUGAAAAUGAGAAUGAAGAUGAGAUUUUUGAGAUUCAAGAUGCUCAUUGGUCAAACACUGCGGGAGAAACAACUAGAAUUAUCCCAACAAACAUACCUGUCAUUGUAGACACUGACACUUCAAACAAUUCUCUAAAUGCUGAAAAUAUAAACAGUGCCAUAUAUGACACCAACCCAAUCAGUUUUGAGAAAACUGUUAACAAAUCUAGCAUGAGUGAGAACACAACCCCUAAACUAAAUUCUUACAUACUCAGUGAUGAUUAUUUCAAAACAGGUGAUGCAUUAUCUGGUUCAGCAGAUGAAAAUGACAUCGAUGGGCAUCUUUCCUGUAAUCUUGAUGAUAUCAUCAUUGAGAUUGAUGAUGAUGAUGUCACCAGCAGCUCAGACUCCUCUAUAGGGAGUUUCCUUAGCAACAGUUUACAAUAUGUCACAGUAGAUGAGGGUGGGUCCAUCUCCUUUGAUAUGUCCCUGGAUGGUGGUUUGAGUUACACAGAAAAUGAUGAAUGGAGUAUCAACGGACAAGACAAUUAAUUAAAUACAAAUAAAAUUACUUUUGCUAUAAAAUACAGUCGUACUGAAUCAACAAAUACUCCUAGUGAUGAUAAUAAUGAAGCAUGAUCUUGAUACUACUGACUUUAAGUCUAAGUCCCAUUUAUCUUGCAGGCCCGUAUCCAGGGGGGGGAUUCGCUGGGUUCAGGUGAACCCCCUCCCUGGCCAAAAAUUCUUUCAAAAUCAUGCAGUUUU